UUGUUUUUAAAAAUCAAGGUCACAUCGGAAAAUGACGUGAAAAAUCUUUUUGCCUGUAUCAAAUCAAAAUUUGGAAAAUUAAACGUUGCUGUAAAUUGUGCUGGAAUAAGUAUUGCAGCUGUUGUAUACAACCAAAAUAAAGAUAGGGUACAUUCAUAUGAAGAUUUCAUCAAAGUUUUGACAGUUAAUACAGGAGGGACGUUCAACAUUUUGAGAUUAAGCAGUCAAAUGAUGGCAAAAAAUGAACCAAAUUCUAAUGGCGAGAGGGGUGUUAUCAUCAAUACUGCAAGUACAGCUGCGUUCGAUGGCCAGAAAGGACAAGCUGCGUAUUCGGCUAGCAAAGGAGCCAUUGUUGGGAUGACGUUACCUUUGGCUCGAGAUCUUUCUAUUUUGGGAAUUAGAGUCGUCACCAUUGCACCAGGUCUUUUUAAUACGCUAUCUUUAAACAGCCUACCAGAAAAAGUUCAAUCAUUUUUGGCAAACAGGAUUCCAUUUCCAUCCAGAUUUGGUAGUCCAGAUGAAUACGCUCAUCUUGUUCAGUUCAUAAUAGAAAAUCAUUUUAUAAAUGGUGAAAUUAUAAGGAUUGAUGGAGCGCUAAGAUCAUAA